GCUGUGCUUGCCGGGAGUAAGUGGUUACGUUACGCGCGCAACUUCCAAACUUCCGACGGCGAGGGCUUUAAAAAAGUUUUCUGAAAUGGAUAUGCAGUGGUGUUAGUGAACAUGUAACGUUUUUGUUUUGGCUGAUAAAAAUAAAUUAUUCCUAGUGCUGUGCAGUGUUAAAGGAACUAUGGAGAAGAGCGGACUUUUGAAUUUCUAUAGGACAAUGUGGUUAACAUGGCACCUCAUGUGUCUAAGUGCGGUAUCAUGUGACGAAGAAGCAGAAACAAGUUCUUGCAUUUUCAAUUCGAUGUGUAUGUGUUCAGCAGACCAAGUCAAUCCGAACCCUUCCAUAGAUAGCAUUGCUUGUUAUUCAGUACCAUUCUAUAGGUUUCCAACUAUGCCAAUUAAACAAAUCGAUAGAAUUGAAAUACUGGACUCGAUGAUACCUAGUUUAGAAGCUGACACGCUAAGUUCAUGCGAAAUUCAAGCCCUGGUUUUUAACAAUAACAAGUUGCAAUACAUAUCGGAUAAAAUAUUCAGGAAUCAAAUAUCUUCAGCAAACGGUGACUGGUCCUAUAUGAAAACUUCACUAAACACGCUCUUCGUAGGCCAAAACGACCUGACCGAAAUAGCAGACACUUCAUCUUCAUCUCCUCAUAGUACCCAUACAGGAAUCAAACAAUUAAAAUCACUAACCUGGUUAAAUGCUGAUGCAAACCGAAUCCAUAAAAUUCACAAGCAUUCUUUACCAUCAUCACUAAAGACUGUCAGCUUUUCCUAUAAUCUGAUAGAAAAUUUUCCAUUGGAUAUUAUUGCAACAAUGCCACAUUUAGAAUGGCUGUACUUAAGAGGAAAUCAUAUCAAAAGUAUACCUGAUUAUACUUUCAGCAGAAAAUUUUGGAUUCAGAAAAUUGAUUUGAAUCAAAACUAUUUGAAAGCUUUUCCGGCUAGGCCAUUCAACAGCUCUAUUUUUGUUAGAGACGUAUUUUUGGGAAUGAACGAAUUUGAAGUAAUCACAGCAAAUAGUUUUUUGGGCUUGGAUAGUAGAAGAAUAGUUUUUUCUUAUAAUCAAAUAAAAAAAAUUGAAGAUGAAGCAUUUCAAGGAAUUUCUACAACACUGGAAUAUCUAGAUUUAGAUCAUAAUAGACUGAAAAUAUUUCCAACAGCAAUAACGCAGCUAAUGUCUUUGAGAUUUCUAUAUAUAUCCAAUAAUUUUCUCAAUGAACUUCCAAUAGGAUCAUUGGAAAAUUUCCAGGAAAGCUUGAAAGCUAUCUCUUUGAGCGGAAAUCGAUUAUCUAAAAUACCUUCUGAGGCAUUAGGAAAUUGUACAAAACUAUCAUACUUUGCCAUAGCAUCGAAUCAAAUUUCUGAAAUCGGUCAAGACGAUUUUUUUGACUGGGGAAACACAGUGCAAAUAUUAAAUAUAAAUAACAAUAGAAUUACUAAUUUGAAUGAUAAAGUUUUUGCAGAAAUGCCAAAAUUAAAGGAGCUCAAUCUUAACUAUAACCCUUUAAGAUAUGUGGAAUCAGAAGCGUUUUAUGGUCUUACUUAUUUGGAAACGUUAGAACUAUCGGCUAGUUUCGAACGGGAUGACCUGCCUUAUGAAGCUUUCAAAAAUCUAGAAAACCUCAAAUAUCUAUACUUGGAUCACAAUAAUUUUCACGAGAUAAAACCGAAUUCGUUUGACUCUCUACGAGAAAUCGUUUAUCUCAACCUCGAAUCGAACAAAAUUGAAGCUAUUUCUCCAAACCUCAUGAAAGCCAACAUACAUUCGAAACUCAAUAACAUCGUGUUAUCCGAUAAUGAGCUGAGCACGAUCGAAAGCGGCACUUUUGCCCAGCUAGAAAACCUGAAAACCGUGUGGCUGAAUGGAAAUAAGAUAAAACAUCUGCAAAUUGAUUCCUUUGGGAAUUUGCCGCAGCUUAGUAUGGUGUUUCUUAGAAAUAAUAAAAUUGAUAGUAUUAGCCAUGGGGCUUUUACGAAUUUACCUAUGUUGAAGCAAGUUGAUUUGCAAUAUAAUGAUUUGACUAAAAUAGUUUUAUCCCAAUUUGUCAACUUGAGCAGUCCACUGUUUUUGAAUUUAAGCCACAACGAACUAUCAUCAUGCCUUGCAGAUAAGAAAGUAAUUUCUUUAGAAUCAUUAGACCUACGUUUUAAUAGAUUUAAUAAAGUGCCAAAAUGUCUGGAUUUUACGCCCUUACUAAAAAAACUACUACUAGACUACAACGGAAUCACCUCACUGGAAUUCAAUGCUUUCAAUAAAUUGUCAGCCUUGGAGCAAUUAAGUUUAUAUCGCAAUAAUAUCGCAAGUGUGGAUAGAAAAGCAUUUUUUGGCUUGCAAAACCUUCAAACUCUAGACUUAUCCAAAAACCUGAUAAAUUAUUUGCACAACCAUCAAUUCUCUGAUAUGCCAAGACUAAGAGUUUUGAACCUUAGAGAAAACGGCCUCAGUUAUCUACCCAGAGAAGUAUUUGCAGAUACCCAACUGGAGUUUUUAGACAUAGGCUAUAACUCGUUUUCGAUAGUCCCGAGAGAAAGUCUGUCAGAUGUUGGAAUGACUUUAAUGCAUUUAUCAUUACAAUCCAAUGUUCUAGAACAUAUCGAUGUAACAAGUUUUCCAGAUACACCUUAUUUGAAUUAUUUAGACAUAAGCAAAAAUAAACUGACAAUAUUGCCUGAUAAUGUUUUUACGCAAUUGAGUUUGCUGCAAUAUUUGGAUUUAGGGUUUAAUCCGUUGAGGGCAAAUUUUAAAGAGUUAUUUCAUUAUGCUCAAAACUUAAGGCAUUUGAGCCUAGCUGAUACUGGAAUAAUAUCAACACCAAAUUUUCCUCUGCCGGAUUUAGUGCACUUGAAUUUAUCCUACAACAAUCUUCUAAAUAUUAAUAAAAAUUCCUUCGAGGAAUUAUCUAAAUUAAAGUUUCUUGAUUUAAGUCAUUGCAAUUUAAAUCAUGUUCCCUCUCAUUUAUGGAUUUAUUUAAAUAGUUUAAAAGAACUCGACUUGUCUUUCAACCCAAUUAAAGAAAUAUCUGUGGAUAGUUUCCAUGGACUUAAAUCCUUGCAAAUACUGAAUAUUCAACAUUUAAAAAGGCUAUCGAAAUUUGAAAGCAAGGCUUUUAUUCAAUUAAGAAUACUUUCUGAAAUUCAUAUGCAGACUUCACCGAUUGUGGAUAAUUUUUAUGAUGAAUUUUGCUAUUUGCUAUCCCAUUUAACACAACUGAGAAAAAUAAAAUUAAUCGUCAUUGAACAUAGACUGGAUGAUCAACUGACCUGCAUGACAAAUAAAAAAUUAGUUCAUCUGGAAAUUACUGGAAGGAAUUUGCAAAUAAUAGAAAAAGACGCUUUUGCAAAAAUAACAAAAAAUCCAAGUUUGACUAUCAAAAUAUCAGGGACGCAAAUUUCGGAGUUGCCAGCUGGAUUGUUUUCCAAUAUGCAUCAGAUUCAACAACUCUCCAUUGAUGUGAGCAACAAUAUGCUUACAACGUUAACGCCGGAGACUUUUUAUGGAAAUUUCUCUACAUGGGAUGAUAUUGGAACUGGAUUAGUUUCCGGUGGUUUUUUUCUCUCAGGCAACAGAUUUCGUUGCGGCUGUCAUCUAGCUUGGUUAGGUCACUGGCUGAGGCGAUGGUCUAGGGAAAACUUCAACCCCAGAACUUCUACUAUCGAAUACAAUAACAACAUCCAGGAAACUACAAGAGAAGGAACGUGCUGGGACUCGUCUAUAGAACAACACAUCCCUAUAAUGAAACUUCCACCGGUGGAUAUGAGUUGCCAAGCCAGUGCACUAAGUAGCGGAGCUUACAGUUUGGUGGUAAAACAUCAUUGUAUAGCUAUAAUGAUUUACGUGGUGAGUUAUUUGGUUGGAUUUGGAUCAUGAAAUUGUUAGGAGAAUUUACGUUGUUGUAAAUCAUCUUUAAGAGUUGUUAUUAGUGGACGUCGAGUUUGGUGGAAAGGGAAUGAUUUGUGAUAAAUAUGUGACAAUUUUUAUGAGUAAAUUGACUAACUGGUAAGAGGCAAUUGCCAGUACACUACAACAAACAGUUUUGUACUUUGUUAAAUCAUAUGCCCUUUGGAAAAGCGUAUAUACAAAUAAAAUUCAGUUUCUCGAAACUAUCAACCAGCGUUUCUUGACGUUAUUUUCAUUUUUAUUUCUUAACCAAUCGAAGGGCUUAUCAAAUUAAAAAUAAAUCGGUAAAUUCGUCUGAGUUGUUGAGUGGUUAGCGAAAGCAUCAACAUAUUUCACAAUAGUUCACUCUCACUUCGAAAUUCACAAGUUUAUCAUAUCAUAGUAAUAUAUAUUAUGAAAUAUUAUGUAGGUAUACACCGUGAUUUACGUAAUACGUGCAUUAGAAGUUGUCCAGUUUGCAGGCGGAUUAGUAGAAAUAGAAUCUAAUCCACCUGCAAGCUUAUGCACGGACUACGUAAAUCACCCUGUACAAUAAGUAUACUUGAUUGUUUGUUGUAGUGAAUUUUCUGUUUCCAUAUGUAAAUACUGGGAAACCGACUGACUGCAAAAAUUUCUGUUAAGAAAUGUCCUUAGUAUAUUAAAAUAUUUGAAAGAACGGUUAUUUAAAAUAAUAUAAUUUAACAACAGCUACAACAAAAAAUAGUGCGUAGACAUGCCAUUUAUUUGUAUUCAUACAUAUUUUUUGGGAAAUUUUAUAACCAUUACUUGACUUUUUUGAAGAGAUAUUUCGAACCAAGUAGUAUCACACACAUAUUUUGUGAGAUUAGACGUUAUUUUCACCAUUCAAAUGACGUCUCGAAGACGAUAGAUUCACGUGAUUAUGUAACAGCGCAAAAGACGCCAUUUUGUGACGUAAAAUACAUGAUUUGAAGACGUUAAAGUACGAGAUUUUAUGAUUUCAGAAAGACGUCGUUUACAAUAGUAUAAAUGCUGUAAGAUUACGUCAUAAAUAAGUCAGCCAUGUCGUAUUUGAAAUAUGGUACAAUUGGCGUCAUCAAAUACUCAGUCCUCAUAAAUAUGUAGGUUUGAUCCAAGGAGUUUGAUCAGUGCCCAGUAACUAUUGCUCUGAAAAAAAAAAUCUGAAAAUUAUUUGACCAGGCUUAUACGAUAAAUGCAACUAACCCAAACUAACUCUUGAAAAAAACUCAAAACUCAAAUGUAUAUUACGUAUAUUAGAAAACAUUCUUGUUUCCCACAACUUGAAUACAUAUUUCUGGAAGAAGUAGGAGCUAGGAGGAAAUUUGUGAAUUUCUCGAAACUGAUACAUGGCGAAUCCUCAAAAUCCUUGGAAGAAUCUUAUUGAAUUGAAAUACUUGCCUCGUUGCUUCUUCUUGGUUACAAAAAUGGGGCAAACAACAUCGACCUAGUAUUGUCAUUAUUAAUAUUUAAUCCACCUGCAAGAACGGACCAGGGCCGGUAUUCUGGUCCUCGAAAACGCUCACCGCUUUUCAGUCACUCGGCACUUCUAAUGUAAAUUUACAUUGAAAGUGCCGAGCGACUAAAAAGCGGUGAGCGUUUUCGGGAACGAGAAUACGGGUCCAGGUGAAUCACUCUGCCAGGAAAAAAGUCAAGACGAAUGAUUGUAAAUAAACGACCAUAUUUGUAUAUGGUGUUGAAACUUGAGUUUAUCCUUUUCUAAUUGUAAUUGAGAAACAGCCAGAUGUAUUUCAGAAACCGUCAAAUGUAAUUGAGAAAACUUGAGUAAAUUCAAUUGCGAUUGCGAUAGUUGUAUUUCAGAAUGCAUCAAAUGAUAUUCAGAAUACGUCAAAUGAAAUUGAGAUCAUUGGAAUAUGAUUCGAAACUGUGAGAGAUAAUUGAGCGAUCCAUAUCCGAUAUCCCCAUAAAUUCCCACGAAUUUGUGGCACCUUGUAUUGUAUGGAUUUUCGAAUUUUCAUUAUAUCAAUUUCAUUUGACCUAUUCUGAAUCUCAUUUGAUGCUUUCUGAUUUAUAUUUAACUUUUUCUCAUUGACAUUUGACGCCUUCUCAAUUACAUUUGACUAUUCUCAAUUACAUUUGACGCUUUCUCAAUUAUAUAUGACUAUUCUCAAUUACAAUUGGAAAAGGGUACACUUUCCAUAGCUUCAUUCCCCUUUCCAACCUCCUUCUUCUCUUCUUCAACCUAAAAUUUAUAAUAAACAAAAAAGAUAAAAUAACUUGUUUUAUUAAGGCAAACUUACAGAUCGUGACAAUUUUCCAAGGCAGGUUACCUCAGCAGGUGUUUUGGAAACAAAAAUAUGGUUGGAACUGCAUCAGGUUUUAAAAUCUCAAGAGCACACCCUGGUUUUUCUUGAUAUUCGCUAGGCAAGAAAUGUUCACCACAAGGCCGGCUGGUUUUAGAAGGAAACCAAUUCUUUCGCCAUGCAAUAAGGCACCCAAAAACUCAAUAUUUCUGGACGCUUGAAAGGAAAUUUGCCAGAGGACCAAUUGAUUUGUGUUUCUAUAUCUCCAUCCUAAACUUUACUUACGUAUGAAAAGUUAUUCUUGUAACCAAGUUAAUAAAUUUUCCGUACCAGGCAGUGCGGAGACAUUUAGCACGAAAAGUUGAUGAGAAAAUGAGGGCUAGUGCGCACACUCCUCACUCACGGUUUACUAUUUGGUAAAUACGGUAAUUCUUCAGAAAUAUUACGAAAUGUGGCAACCUGGCAACCAGUACAAUAUACUACUAUUCUAGUAGUAGAAUUAGAUUUAGCAACCUUGAUUUAGUCGAAAAAAUGGUAUGACACAAUUCAUACAUGUGCAGUGAAAUUGCCGUGAAAAUGGUGACGGAGAAGCAGGUUCUUGUGAAAUCAUAUCAAUGGGGAUAGUUUUAAGAUGAAAAAAAUUAAAUCAGCGACCUCGGAUUACAAGCACAUGCGCUUACCAAUACUUCCCAAAAAUAGAUAUCUCGGGUCCAAUGCGGUGCGGUUUACAGAAUCUCUUUUCCACGGUCGGAGGGCAUUGGUUGAGACCCUGAACUCAUGGGGCGGAUGAUAAGACAUGUACCGAACAGUCCAAUGUCCAAUAGGAGCGGUUCAUUUAUUCCGGCGCUAUGCGGUCUGGCAUUCAAAUAAAAAACGGUACCUACGGUAACAGUCAGACGAACGGGCGUCGUCAAAACAAACGGCCUCUCGGUGGAAACGGGGACGAAGACUACGUUAUCACCUCGGUCAUAAGCUGACGUCAUUGACAUGCGCAGAACGGUCCCUGCUCGGGCGCCAAAUUUGUAGCGCUUCUUUGCUUUUCCGGAAGGUUAAGGGGUUUUAGGAAAACUCGGGCGCCACCCUUAGGAUUAUAGUGGUUAAGGGCCCUCGUGCUCCAGGUAGCUUGUUACAGUGGAGACGGACAAACACAGGUAUUGACCUGUGAUUGAUUGAUUGUGCGCAUAUUGAUGCGCAUCCCCAAAACGAAACACAGAAUCCAACUUACAAAUUGAAGCUUUUAUUUGCCUAAUAACAUAAGAUAAGAGGAAAAGAGAAAAAUGCAAUAAAUGAGAGACGAAGUGCGGGGAGAUUGAACGCGAGAAUAAUGUGUAAAUGCUAUGUACGUGGCGGAGAAUCGCGGUAAUAAGAUCGCGGAAAAAUAACGGUAUCGGUAAAUAGCUCCAAGGGAUUAUUGUUGCUAGGCUUGCGUACUCUUACCACCUUCAGCUUGUAUUCCAGGCGCAUGCGUGAACUAUGCAACUGAGUAGAGUGCAGGUUCGAAAAAAAAGAGAAGGACAGAAUUGAAGGGCUGCGUCACUCGGUAUCAGUUGGGUAGGAGACGUCCCCACCAAUCCUCUUCGGAGAGAAUAGAGCCUCAACGCUAUUCAAUCCGCAGUGCAGAACAUGACAUAAGUAUUGGAAUGGAACUAAGAGACAUACCCCGUAAUCAGUCGAGGCUUGGCUCGUCAUGGGAAGAUUAGAGCGCCCCGUAAUCAGUCCGGAAGGAACCCUGUGCAAUCCAUGUUACCAAUAAUUAUGCCAAUAAAAGAAGAAAGAAGUUUCAGAAAUAUAAGUAUAGAAGCAAGGGUGCACCCCUGUAAUACGUCCAGCAGACACCCCCUUGCCUUGUCAUGGAAAGGAUAGAGAACCUCGUAAUCGAUCCGGCAGCACACUAUACAAUCCAUGAUCCUUAUACCCUUAGAAGAAAAUACCUGCCCUCUUACUCUACUUUUCCCUUUCUCAUUGUUGACGGCGUCGCGGCGGGCUGAAGGCGGAGAAGAACAGAGCGGGUGAUGUCGGCGUACCUUGACUGGUGGCUGAUCUAGUCGGAGCUGGUGUCGGAAACAGAAUCUAAAACAGAAUGACUGUUCUCUUGCAGCGCGGCUAUAUUUAUAGCCGAAAACCCUGGUACCGGCUUCGAUGAUCGCGCGCAAGCAGUGUGGGUACGGUGACGAUCGCGCGUCGUAUCCACUCAACAAGCGCGGGCGACACGAGGUCACGCGGUCGUGGGGAACUGCAGAGGGUUUCAACCCCUCUCAGAACCUACUACCACCUCGGGGUGAGUCUCAUAAGAUCCGGUUGGUUGAACUCGCGCUAAUUUCUAACUAAUUGAGUGACCGGGAUGCACGGAAAAUUUGGUAACUUCGUUACAUACUGUUUCUCCCUUUUGCAAAUUAUUGCAACCGUAAGCCGCAUAGUUCAAAACCAUUCUAGGUCUUAAAAUAAAAAUACAGUCAAGGAUCAGAAUAAAAAAAGCUUACUUCCAGUUUGUAGCCAAACCAAAACAGGAACAAACCAAAAUGCAUAUAGUCUGUGCAUCCAGUGGUUACCCAUAAGUUGUAAAACACAGGGCUGACAAUAAAUUAGUACAAGACCAAUUUACUCCAUAAAAAAAUAUUACUUCACAAAAUUAUGUUUUAAAGUAACUUUGAAAAAUGGUACACCAGCACCUGAAUUAACAUAGGGCCUGUCAAAGUUAUUGAACAAGAUUUAUACUGAAAUUCCAGUGCUUUCCAAACAAAACAAAAUUUUGUGUUAAGUUAGAUAAUAAAUAUGUUUUACUUGUAAACAAUAUGUAAUAAUAAUAAUAAUAAAA